AUGAGGACUGAAUCAUCGUCGUCGGCGCUGCAAUUCACGACUUUCUCUUCCUCCACGACAUCAACACCCUCAACCAUACCUCCACAACCUUCUUCCUCCUUCUCCCGCCGCCGUCAAGGCACCGCUCAAACGGCGUCGCACGCAGAACCCUCUCCUGCACCAAAAACCUCUUCAUCCACCAUAAGAAGUCCCGACCGUCCACCAACCUCCAACCCUCGAAUCCCCUCUCCCAGCUUCCAACCACCAUACCCAACCCCAUCACUACCCGCACCCAGCAGCACUCCCGAGCCCCAAGUCCGCGUCACAAGCCCAACACGCUGGAGUCUGCGCAACGCAUUAAUUGGCGGCGGUUCCGAGUUCGCAUCCCCGUUCCGCAACCGCUCUGGCACAGGCGGAUCCUCCAUCGCGCCUCGAGGACGACCGCGCCGUCCGUCGGCUGCCCGACUCUGGAAUCCGAGCAAUUCAACGCCCAGAGCGCCCGCUGCUGCAGGUUCUGCGAAGAGGAGACACAGGAGUCCGGCUGAGGAGAGGGUCAUUGCGAUUCCGUUGCAGCAUCCAGAGGUUCUUAGUCCGAGGGAAGGCGCAGGUGCUGGAGGCGAGUAUCCGCUGCUGACGCUGCCGGAGCAGAGGGCGAGUAGGCAUUCUGGGUCGACGAGGGCGAGUUUGCAGGUUGAGAGGAGUGGGAGUGACGGUGGGGGUAGUAAUCGGGUUAGUUUGCCCCGGAGCGUGAGUAUUGAUCUUUCGAGGAGGAAGAGUGGUGAGGUUAGUCCAGCUCUGAGUACGGUGCCUCCACUCGAUAAAGGGAAGGGAAAAGAAACGGCGGAAUCGAAGCCAAGGGUUACGGGGUUGAGGAAACGAGGUCAGAGUAUUGACCAUCCGAAAGCGACUGCGGGGAUUACGUUUGACAAGGGAAAGAGGAUAGAGAUGGAUACCGAUAUUGAGAGAGGACCGGAUGUGCAGGGCCAAUAUGAGGAGCAUGGGACAUCGAAUCUCCCGAGGAAUGAAUCCAAUAUUUCGUUACCGGGCGGCAUUGGACCUGCGAUAUCGAGCACCAAUACGAGUAUCAUAGGCAGUGAUGGACCCGUCAAUCCAGCUGAGGAGUGGGGACCUCAACAUCCUUGUUUUCCUCACAUGAAUCCUCAUGUCCCUAUCACAUCACCGUUAUACCAGAACACGAGGAUCAUUCGCAUCAGAAGAGAUUGGAUGCUGGAGGGAGAUCUGGCACCCACAUUUUCCAAUCUGUAUCCUGAGAUCUUGGAUCCGGCAGGCGUAUCGGAACAAGAAUUCCGCUCCAUGAUCGAGAAGAUCAACAACGAUUUGGUACCAGCAUUCAACCCCUACGGUUUCCGCAAUGUGCUGGAUAGCAUCCUUGGAUUGUUAACGGGCUGGGUAUGGGAUGAUCUAGGAUUCACAGCCGUGAAAGGGCGGUUGAGCAGAGUUGAGAAAUACCUCGAGGAUUGGAACAGGGAGAUGGAAGGGAGAAGUAAAGAGGGUCCUGAAAAUGCGCCAAAGAUUGUGCCGUUAAGGAGGACGGGAUAUAUGAAUCUCGAUAUCCAAGUCCCCGACCCAGAAAUCUCCUACCCGGCCUCUGAACCCCCAGACGAGAGAACAGUGACCGGAUUGUCGAGGACGUCGGAGUAAUGAAUAUUUAGUUCAAUGGCAAAUAACUUUUCAUUAAUUAGUCGAUUGAUUGUACAGUAAUGGAAGGAAAGGAGGAAAGAGCGAUACCCAUACUUGUAUUCUUUUGUAGUGUUUAUUCUUGUCUAUGUCGCAGGACUUUAUUUUGACGAAAGGUGGGAUAUUCGUUUGUAGCGUGCAUGGCAUAGCGUAGCUUUGUAUUCACUGUGUAUGCAAUAGUAGUAUAUAAUACCAAUACCCGUCCACUUGU